AUGCCGUCAUCCACGGAAAGCACCUCCUCGGACGACUUUGAAGAUGAGAUUUCAGCACCACUCCAGUCCCUAAUUUCAGAGUAUGGCCAUUUACCGUUGGCUGGGACAACCGUCACAAAAAACUCGACUUUAGAUGCAACUCCCGACACGGUGCUUGCCAUGGUCCUAGAUGCGAUUGUCAAAGCACGGCCCAUCUCACAUACCCUCACUCAGAGAACCAGUAGCCAUCUACUCGAUGAGGGGUAUCAUCAUAUCGACAUACUCGCCACCACGACAUGGGAGGAACGUGCAAAGACAUUGGAAGCAGGAGGCUACAAUCGAUAUCGGGAGCAGUGCGCAUCCUACCUGGGUUCACUUUCGGAUCUCGUGUCAAAUAAAUACGAUGGUGACUUGAACAAUUUACUGCAAUCUGCGCAUGGAGAUCGAGAAGAAGUCCGCACCUUGAUGAAGGAGUUUAAGGGGGUGGGAGACUUGGGGGUAGAAUUGUUUUUCAAUAACGUGCAAAGUAUCUGGCCAUCUAUUGCUCCGUUUCUUGAUACGCGAAGCUUACGGACGGCUGAAGAGAUUGGGAUCGGUACAGAUGUGGAUGCCAUAUAUGAGGCUCUGGGCCAGGAACCCGAGGAGAUGAGUAUCCUCGCCAAUGGCCUAUCAACUGUGCGCCUGGACAAAAAACAAGUCUAG